AUGGAAGCUUCUGUUUCAAUCGACAACAAGCUUAAGACGCUUCCGCCGUACGGACCGCCACCACCGCAUCCUCAUCCUCAUCCUCAUCCUCAUCCUCAUCCUCAUCCUCAUCAUCCUCAUCAUCAUCCUCAUCCCGCCUCUCACCCCCUUCACCACCCUCCUCCACCCGGUCCUCAACCACGAAUGCUGCCCCCUUCGGAUGGACCGCAUCACGCAUUGCCGACACCCCACGGGAUCUACGACCAGCAAUGGCGCCAGCCGUAUCCUCACCCACAUUAUGAGAGCGCUGACCAGCGCCGACAUUCAACCGCCGGUCAACCACACAAUCCGCCGCACCCUCCUCCUCACUCUUCAUACCCCAUUGCUCAACCGAGUCGAGAACUCCCCCAACUGCCGCCGGGAGACCCAUAUCCCCGUCCGAACAGUCUUCCAGCGCCACCGCCCACGCAUUCACCACCAGAUGCUCAUCCACCCCAUUCUUAUAGACCUAUGAAUGGAGCGCCUCCCGAGACAGCACCUCCGCAUUCUGCCCCCGGCGAUUUCAGACAACCACGCAAUCCAUAUGCUCCUCCUCACGAAACCCCAGCUCCUCAUCAUGCAGAGCCCUCGGGGCCUCAAUAUAUAAGCCAGAUGCCACCGCCAGGUCCGCAGACCCCGAGUGCUACUUAUGACUACCCUUUUGCCCGUCAGCGCAAGGCGGCUAGAGCGCAGCAGGCCUGUGAUCAAUGUCGAUCGCGCAAAGCUAAAUGCGACGAAGGUCGCCCAUCGUGCAGCCAUUGUAAGGAGAACAGCAUUCCCUGUGUAUACAAGGAAAUUCCGCCUCACAAGCAAGAGAAAGCCACACAGGUGCUUCUCGAUCGCAUUGACCGAUUCGAAGAGAGGAUGGAGGCCAGGUUCAACGCCAUGUUCAAGCUUUUUACCGCUCACGGAGGAGUCCCAUUGGCCGCUAUCGAAAAGACCAAAGAGGCCAUGGAGCCAUUCGAGUCCUCCCCGAGCGCGCAGGAAGCGCCCGAACCUAGCCCAGAGUCAUCCCAAAAUGAGGGCGCAUCGGCGCAGAAAACGCCCAAAGAAAUCAAAGACAAAGAGAAUAACGCAAAUGACGUUUUGAUGAGCGAUGUACCACUGGACGAGGGAUCGACUACUAGCGAAUCAGCCGAGCGCAUAAAAUCGUCGUUGAAUGGUCUAACGAAGGCAAACAUACCAUUAAGCAGUUUACCAAACAACAAUGUGCCGUUAAGUGGUCUACCCGCAAAGAGCCUUCCGAAUAGCCAUCUCCCCGUCAACAAUAUACCGAGAGCCGGCUUUAAAAACCAAUUAAUGAACGAAAUCGCCAUGAAAAGCUACAGAUUGGCUGAAAAAUUCGAUGAGAUUGCCAACCCCCCGCCGAUCGAUGAAAAAUUGCUGCCAAGCGGCGAUGGAGAACUGUCAAUUCCCCUGGAGCACACUACCGCUGCCCAUAAGCUGUUGUCGUGGCCUUCUAUUAAGCGCCUUCUAGAGUCCGAUAUUGACAUGGACUACGUGAUGAAAGGCGAAGAGAACCGGGGCUUGAUUCGUAUUUAUGGACGUGGAGAAGGGCAAGACGAUGACCGCGAAUAUUAUGAUGACAAGAAACCGAGUAUUGCAGGCAGUCCUAUGACCGCUUCAUCUAGCCCUUCCUUUGAUGAGGAGGCUUCGCAGCCUUCUUUCCCUAGCUGGGGGGUAGGUCUCCCACCAUCUGUCUCACCUUAUCGACCAAUCGAGCGACUUCCUGAGCGAUCAGGAGAUCAGCGAGGCGGACUCGAUGCAUUCGGCCAACUCAAUACACAUCCAGAUACCGUGAGAGCUCUUCAUCGUAAUUACAUGGAGAACAUUCAUUUACUUCACCCAUUUCUGGACGAGGUCGUCUUGGAACAUAAGAUAUCGAACUUCAUCAAGAAAUAUGGAAGUACCAAGAAGAACCCCAUCAGCCAGACUAGCAACACUGGUUCCACAGAGUUCCGUAGUGCUAAGCGGAAACGAUCUUCAGAGGCCAUGCACGUCAGCAGUGUUGAGAUGUCUCGCUCACCGAGCUCCCACUCGAAUUUUGAAAAGUGGCCGCAGCCACAGCGAAUCGAGCGCUCAAUUGACAAUGCAAUCAUCCUUCUGGUUCUCGCUCUGGGCGCUAUUUGUGGUUGCAAAGACAAAAUACCUGGUCUAAUAGCAGAUCCCAACGACAAAUCAAAAAUCGAAGGAGAUUAUUCAUCACCAUCGACACGCGCCUUUUUCAGCCAAAUUCUUUCCCCAGAUUCCGAUUCACAAUCACCAAAAAUGGCAUUCCAUUCUCCAAGAUUGCCAUUAGAUGACGGAGCAGCUCGGAGGAGGGGCCCUAUGCGGCCUCCCUCGGCAGCUGGCUUGGAGAGCCUGGAGUCCUCGACCCUGAAAAACAUGGACGUGAUACCGGGGCUGGCCUACUAUGCAUUCGCCACUGAUAUUUUGGGUAACCUUCAGGGUGGAAACGGCCUUCUCCAUGUACAAGCGGCCCUUCUUGCUGGUUUGUACGCGGGCCAAUUGGCACACCCGUUCCAGAGCUAUGGCUGGAUUCACCAGGCAUCCCGAGCCUGCCUGGUACUCGUUCGAUCUAAAAAAUAUUCUGCCAUGAAAGAGGGGCCAAUGAAAGAUCUUCACGAUUUUGCUUAUUGGACCUGCCUACAACUGGAAAGUGACAUUCUUGCCGAGCUGGAUCUUCCCGCCAGUGGUAUAUCCAGAGCUGAAGGUCGGAUCGAUCUCCCUAAAGGACACUUCACACUCCGAGUGCCUCAGAACCCCAAGAACUCGACGAUGAUGUUCCUUUACUCGGCGCAGAUUCACCUUCGAAAGGUACUGAACCAAAUUCAUACGGAUUUGUACAAAGUUGCCUCAGGCAAGGAUGGAAAAGACGGUAAUGAUGAGCAACUAGGCUUUUCGAGCAGCGUACUUGAAAUUCUAGGAAUGAACCUUGAUUUCUGGCGGAAGAGCCUACCCGACCAUAUGAACUGGAGCGACGAUGACCCUCCUUCAUCUGAUAUCAACGUUGCCCGAUUGCGUGCAAAAUACUAUGGGGCACGGUACAUUAUCUAUCGACCAUUGUUGCAUUACGCGCUACAUCGAUCUAUGGGCCCGGAUUCUUCCCAGCCCGGUUCUAGUGGUCCUAAAUCGGAACAAGGUUCAUUUUCGACUCAGACUCCGCAAGCCUCCAGUAUGACACGCUGGUCUAGCGAUGCGGGUAUAUCUAGUGGUCGUGAUGAUAUCUACCAAACCGUUGAAUGGGAAGAGCUCCCCAGCAUGAUACAGACCGCAUGCUCACUAUGUAUAAAUGCCGCUAUCCGAAGUACUCAGGCAUUCCAUGGUAUCCAAGGGCGACCAAUAGUCACUGGUAUUUUUGGUACCGCUCAUGCACAAUUCGGAAAUAUGCUGGUUCUAUCAGCCACAUACAUGUCAAACCUUCGUCAUCUGAUCGAGCGCGAUAAGUUGGAGCAGCUUUUUAUCCGUACGAUCAAAUUCCUACUGCUCAGCAAGGAUGUGUCGCCCACGUUACAAAAGGAUGCUGAGAUUCUCGCUGGCAUCUAUGGUAAAAUCUUCAACAAAACGCCUACCUCCAGUUUCACUGACUGA